CCUGAGUGGAGCCCAGACCGGAGCGGGUGAACCUGCCGAGUGGCCGCGGGAGCGAUGACAGCCCGCUGGGUCGCAAGUCGGACUGAGACGCUAGCUUCCUGUGGGCGUGGCGACAGCUGACGCUUUUACACUUUGUCUUGAAAGUAGUUUUUCCACACUUGGGAGGAUCCCGCCGUGACAUGACAUGGGUGCUGAAGCGGACCACCCGGCGGCGUCCUUCGGAUGUUGCGGCGGUGCCCCGACCCAGACCGGACUUCGGUGUUUGCUGUGGCUACAAUGCUUGUUUCUGCGUGGGAAAUGAGUCACCGUGGAAUGGAAGAAACAAAAAGAUAACGCUGUUAUUCUUCUUUUUUUUUUUUUUACCUGAUCACUGUGAAAUCCUACAUCCGGUGUUUUUUCUUUUUUGAAUAGGUAGACUGAAUUUUUGUGUUGCGUUUAAGGACAGACUUGAAUAGAAUUUCAAAUGAACUGAAUCCAGUGAGGAUUACAAACAUCACAGGAGUCCACUGUGAUGAAUAAACACCACAGACUGGAAUUGAACGGGUGGGGGACUUUUUUACUUUUACGAUAACAUCAAAUGCUGAUUUUUCGAUUUUUCAAAUCGCAACUUGAUGCAUGAUUCCAGACCCGGCUUGUAGGCACGCAUGACCAGAAAUAUCGUUGCUCCUGUUCCCAUGCGUCUUUCCCCUCCGCAGGAUCUCCUGUGGACCGUGUUGUGGGCCGUGGUGCUUCCCGAUGCCAUGGGCUGCAUCCAGAGUAUCAGGUGCAAGCCCAAGACGUUCCGUGACAGCAUCGCGGUCCUAGAAGUCAACACAUCUAUCGACUCCAACCCCACCAGCAUUGACGAGUCGUCUGGCGUGGUUCUACGCUACCGGACGCCGCACUUCCGUGCCCAAGCCCGGGUCCUGGUGCCCCCCGUGGCCGCUAAUGAGACGUGGACGGUCGGCUGGAUUCAAGCUUGUAACCACAUGGAGUUCUACAACACGUAUGGCAGCAAAGGGAUGUCCAGUUGGGAGCUCCCCGAUCUCCGCGAUGGAAAGAUCCAGGCCAUCAGCGACUCAGAUGGCGUCAAUUACCCCUGGUACGGAAACACCACCGAGACCUGCACCAUCGUCGGGCCCACCAAGAAGGACAGCAAGUUCAGCGUUAGCAUGAAUGACAAUUUCUACCCUAGCGUCACCUGGGGCGUGCCGGUCAGCGACAGCAACGUACCUCAGCUCAGCAGCAUCCACCGAAACCAGAGCUUCACCACCUGGUUGGUGGCCAUCAACCAGGCCACCUCCGAGGCCGUCGUCCUGCAGACCAUCCGCUGGAGGAUGCAGCUUCACAUACAAGUGGAUCCGGAGCAGCCUCUGGGUCUAAGGGCAGUUCUAAACCAGCCCGUCUCCCAAGAACAGCCCCAGAUCUUAGGCAAGAACGAGCCCAUCCCAUCCAACGCCAUGGUCAAGCCCAACGCCAACGAUGCACAGCUGCUUAUGUGGCGACCCAAGGUGGGCGACCCCGUGGUGGUCAUCCCACCCAAACACUGACCACGCAGACCAGAGACACCAGCUCUGAUGAACUUUAGGGGCGGGGUUAAAAACUGGACUGAACAAAAAAAAAAAAAACAACCAUUCUACCUUGAAACUGGGUCGGGUCUCACUGUGUGAAAUGAAGUCACCGACUUCAUUUCGGGUUUGUGUGGGAUUUGAGUAUUUAAGUCACCAUGACCGAGCUUUGACUUUGUGUCUAAACGUGUUACUUUUUAUUUAGAGCUGCGAGUGUGUCCAUGUUGCGUGUUGGCGUGCUCCUUUUUGGAAGUUCAUGCGGGACGUCCAAUCCAUGCUGCCUUACGUUUACAUCGCUCUCCACGCCGUACCUUUUAGCCUUAAAAAAAGUGCAAUGCAGUAUUUUCCUUCGUCCCGUGUCCUCCUUCCACUUUUGGGGCUGUGUGUGUGGCUUUUGGGACUGAACCGGGAAGUUCCGGAUCUAGAACCCCUCAACUAAGUUCUCAACUGGAAAAGGGAAGAAGCUUUUCACAACUUUAGUGUUCCACAUACCCUACAGUCUGUGGGGGAAACACUGCUUGUGGUCAGGUUUGGGGGAAAUGCUGUGGGAGAAAUUUCAAUCCAAUUUAUGGGGUCAAAAUCUGUCAUGUAAUCUCAAAGACUCAAACCAGGCAAUUGGACUCUACUUGUUUGUUGAAGACCUUUCCUCCAAAAAGGCUUCUUCAACCUACAACUGAAGAAGCCUGGGACGUCCUCGGCCCCAGGACUUGUUCUGGCCUCGGACCCAGAACGGUGGCCGUCCUCGGACCCAGGACGGUGGCCGUCCUCUGACCCAGGACGGUGGCCGUCCAGGAUGGGGGACGUCCUCGGCCCCAGGACUUGUUCCGGACAUGGCCCCAGGACGGGGGACGUCCUCGGCCCCAGGACGGGGGACGUCCUCGGCCCCAGGACGGGGGACGUCCUCGGCCCCAGACUCAGGACGGGGGACGUCCUCUGCCCCAGGACUUGUUUCGGCCACGGCCCCAGGACGGGGGACGUCCUCGGCCCCAGGAGGGGGGACGUCCUCGGUCCCAGGACUUGUUCCGGCCACGGCCCCAGGACGGGGGACGUCCUGGGCUCCAGGACUUGUUCCGGCCUCAAACCCAGAACUGUCCUCAGAUCCAGGACUUGUUCUGGCCACGGCCCCAGGAGGGGGAACGUCCUCGGCCCCAGGACUUGUUCCGGCCUCAGACCCAGGAUGGGGGUCGUCCUCGGACCCAGGACUUGUUCCGGCCACGGCCCCAGGACGGGGGACGUCCUGGGCUCCAGGACUUGUUCCGGCCUCAAACCCAGAACUGUCCUCAGAUCCAGGACUUGUUCUGGCCACGGCCCCAGGAUGGGGGACGUCCUCGGCCCCAGGACUUGUCCCGGCCUCAGACCCAGGACGGGGGACGCCCUCGGCCCCAGGACUUGCUCCGUCUAUUCAGAUGAGAUCUGUUCCACCCAGUCAUUGAGCCUGAAAUGAUAAAGCCUGCUGAACGUUCUAAGACAACCCGUACAGUCCAGCUGGAUGGAGUGGAUGCCCUGAGAAUACUAAAGCAGCAUUUUGGAUGAAAGGUAAAACAUCUUCACCAAACAAGAAGUGUCCAGUUGCCUUGAUUCAACCUUUGCGGUUUUUGCCAAAUGUCAGCCGUUUGUGUGCAGUGGUUCAGGAGUACUCCGGAAGAGUACCAGUAGCUUACACAAUCAAUACUCCAAGUUGGACGAAGAAGAACCAUGAACGAUGAAGAAUUAAGAUUGAGGGGGACCUAAAGGGUCUAGUCCAACACCUGAUUUGGGACUCAAGAUAAGGACAUCAGGGCUUGUCGGCAAAUGGACAACCAGACUUGGGGUUGUAUGAAUAAUAGUACCUCCCCCCGCCCCCCUUGGAAAUAGUCAGACUUGAACUGAAGACUUGUGAACAGUAGAAACUCUUGUUUUCGCUCCAAAAACCCAAAUUAACCAAAAAUCCAUUCUGAUCUAGUUUUUAUAUUCUUCCAUAUUCUUCCAUAUAUGCAUCCAUUUUUAAAGGAGGCCUAUGCAAACUGUGCUGCCGGGGAUGCUGUUAAGCUUGCCAAGCUCCUAAAUGGGAACAUUUCCGCUUUAUUCCGCCCAUAAUAACCAGAGCCAGGAGGUGAACACCAUUAUUAGCAUCAUUGCAUGAAAAGCUCACGGAUGGGCUGUGAUAGAACUCCGGCCUGAGUCAUGGGCCAUCGGGAUAAGGAGGUUGAGAAAAGAAGGGCUCGCGGGGUGGGGGUGGGGGGGCUCCUGAUGUAAUCAGAUCACUUGAACCCCCCUCCACACCCCUAAGGACUCACUGUGCCAAGCCAUGCUUAUACGUGAAAGGGCUAGCCACAAGGUUGCAAAGGUUAGCCAGGGUUGUGAGGGAUCCCGAGGCAGCCAUUUUUCUGUGGAAACUGACACGGGAUGAGGUGGACGCACUAAUGGUGGAGGGUGAGCGACACUGGGACACUGGGGUUCUGAGGGUCAGCCUGGGGUCGCCAGUCAUGCUAAUGUAUGAUGGGAGCUUAAGAUAUACGCCUGAAAACUAAAGGGAAGUGAAUUAUACACCCUGGACAGGUGGCCAGCCAAUCACAGGGCACAUAUAGACAAACAACCAUUCACACUCACAUUCAUACCUAUGGAAAAUUUGGAGUGUCCGAUGAAGCUAACAUGUUUUUGGAAUGGGGGAGAACAGCAGAGAUUCCAAACCAGGUCUUCCCGAUCUGCCCAUGUGGCCAACAUGCAGACCACCCAACCAGACUCCAUGUAAUGUAAUUACACCUUAACAUGUGUGCGUGUGAGUUAAUACCCCGUUGAAGGGAUUUAGGCCGGGAUGAGGGGCUUGACUGAUGUGCUUCUGCUCUUGUUGAGUCAUCGUGCUUCCUCAGCCACACACACACACACACACAAGUGGAAAGGUUAUGUCCUUGCCAUAAAGCAGGGACACACAAACACACAUGGGCGCCCUAAGGGGCUGCUGUGGUAUCUGAUGGUGUUGUCACCCUGCCAGGCACCGCCCCCUUUAUCAAGUCCGGAGCACGCGUGGGCUAUCUGGACGGCCAAAUAGCAGCCGAGAAACAAAACCCAGACGCCAGCUAAGGCCACCACAGAUGCUAAAUGAGCCCAGGAAAAGCAAUACACUUGUUGCCAAAGUCAUCACAGCCAAAACGUGAAGUGUUUUGUGAUUUUGGAGCAUUCGACAUAUACACGCCUAAUAAAAGUGUUGAUGAUUAAAGUUGAAACUGAAGCUAUAUGACCAAGUAUCCCUGGUUCAGGUCUUCAAGCUUCCUCAGUUUGUCCACACAGUGACCCUCAUCUCCUCAAGUCCAAAGUAUGGUAGUAGUAAGCCUUACCAACCCCCCAUCCCCCGGUCUCGAUUUGCAUGAGCGGGUUGAAAAAUGUGUUUUUCUUUAUUUUCCUCAAGCUGCUUUCCUGUUCCUCAUCUUAUAUAAGGGCAUUUCCUGUUUGUUUUCUUUAUUUGGAAACUUUUGCUUUGACUUUUUAAAGCCAUACUUGACAAGUAUUUGGUGAUGAUUUAUGCAAAACUGUGAAAAUGCACAAUUGUCCUCCGGAGGGCGACUCCGUGGAUACAUCUUUUCAUGAAUCCAUAAACAGGACACAAAUAAAUGUAUAUGUCUGCAGUCCAAA